AUGGCGCAACUCCUCCUCGAUCUCGUCACCUCCUUUGGCAACUGCCUGAGCUGCUUCCCCGGCUCGCCCACCCUCAAGAUCAACAAUCGCAGUUUCAAGAUCUUGCGGCUGCUCGGCGAGGGCGGCUUCUCUUACGUCUACCUCGUCGAGGACACAUCCACACAGGCGCAAUACGCCCUCAAGAAGAUCCGCUGUCCCUUUGGCGCCGAGUCGGUCGCCCAGGCCAUGCGCGAGGUCGACGCCUACCGCCUCUUCGGCCGCACCCCAGGCAUCAUCCACGCCCGCGGCGGCGGCGGCGACGACCCCGGCGCCAAGACGGUCUACGUCCUGCUGCCCUACUACAAGCGCGGCAACCUCCAAGGACCUCAUCAACGCCACGCCAUGGGCCACGGCGACGAGGACGACCAGGGCCACGGCCGGCGCCGCGGCCGCGCCGGCGUCCCCGACGACCAGGACGCCGAGGCCCAGGAGGCGCCCCUCAUGGCCCCGGCCACGCACGCCUCGUCGCAGCCCGGCGGCGGCGGUGGCUCCUCCGCGCCCACGUCGUACGCCCACCGCGACAUCAAGCCCGGCAACAUCAUGAUCACCGACUCGGGCAACGCGCCCAUCCUCAUGGACCUCGGCUCCCUCGCCGCGAGCCCGCUGCCCAUCACGUCGCCGUCCCUGGCCCUGCAGACCCAGGACACGGCCGCCGAGCACUCGACCAUGCCCUACCGCGCCCCCGAGCUCUUCGACGUCCAGACCGGCGCCGUCAUCGACACAAAGGUCGACAUCUGGUCCAUGGGCUGCACCCUCUACGCCUGCCUCGUCGGCAAGUCCCCCUUUGAGGCCCGCUCCGACGAGACGGGCGGCAGCCUGUCGCUGUGCGUCCUCAACGGCGACUGGCGCUUUCCCGACGAGGGCGUCCGCCGCACCGCCACCGGCGGCAUGAAGGCCCAGGCGGCUGCUGCUGCUGCUGCUGCUGCUGCUGGCGGUGAGGCCGCCGCUGGCGCUGGCGCUGGCAGUGGCCAUGUCGUCAUUAGCGAGUCCAUACGCGACGUCGUGAGGAGGUGUCUGACCGUCGAGCCCGCCGAGAGGCCUGACAUUGACGAGCUCAUCGCCAUGGUGGAGAAGGUCAUUGACGAGUUGCCCGGAGACGGCGAGGCGUAG